AUGGCGCUGCGGGCCGGCUGCCGCCGGCCUUUCCCGGCACCGCCUCGCUCCCCCGCUUUCUCCGAGCCCUUCUCCCGCCGAGGCUUCACAGCGGACACCCGCUCCGGGCGAGCCGUGCCCGUGCUCGUGCUGUGCCCGGGGCUGGCCCUGGCGGGUCUCCGGCCCCAUCCCCGCUCCCGCCGCGCAGCCCCGCGCCCGCCACCUGCGCCGUCCCGGCGGAGACGGAGCCAGCCCGAACCCGGGACACCUCCAGCUGUCCUGGACACUCCAGCUGUGCCGGCCGGAGCUGCCGCCUCAGCCGCUGCCCAGCCCCGUCCCCGGGAGCGCCAGGUGCCGGCGCCCGGCGCUGCCCGCCCGCCGCGCUCACCUGAGCUCCCAGGCGGGACAGCCCCCGACACCUCGCUCACUCCAUGCCCGCUGAGGACGGACGGACGGACAGACGGCGGCUGCCGACGGUGCCCGAGGCAGGAGGCGCCGGGGGGGAAGAGCAGAGGGGAGGAGGGGGUAGCCCCGCCCUGUCCGGCCCCGGCCCCUGUCCCCACCCCACCCCGGGCGCUGCGAGCGCCGAGAGUCGGAGCGCCCCGGGACGCCGCGCGGGCAGCGCCGAGGCGGGGAUGGGCCGGCGGGGGCUGCCCGGGCCGCCUGGCGCCGGUGCUGCUGCUCGCCCUGCUCUGGCCGGGCCGCGCCGCGGCGGAGAGCUGUGUAUGCAAAGGUAGUCCCUGCUUUUGUGAUAGCACAAAAGGUAGCAAGGGUGAAAAAGGCUUUCCUGGUAUUCCAGGUCCACCUGGUCAAAGAGGCUUUCCUGGUCCAGAAGGGCCUCCAGGGCCACAGGGACCAAAGGGUUCUCCAGGGCUUACAGGCUUAGUUGGACCCAAAGGUAUACGAGGACUCCCAGGAAUACCCGGAUUUUCAGGUCCUCCAGGCCUUCCAGGUGAACCGGGAUCUGUUGGGCCUCCUGGGCGCCCGGGGGUUCCAGGAUGCAACGGCACAAAGGGUGACCAAGGAUUUCCAGGUCCUCCAGGUAGAAGAGGGGCUCCAGGUGUUCCAGGUAUUGAUGGUAUCAAAGGAGAGAAGGGGUCCCCUGCAGGUGGAUAUAGCCAAGAGUAUGGUGCAAAAGGUGAUCCUGGAUUGCCAGGAAUGCCUGGACUUCAGGGUGCCCAGGGUGCUCAAGGAUAUCCUGGGGAACUUGGACCACAGGGCCCUCCAGGACCUUUAGGCAUGCCAGGGAAAGCAGGACCUCCUGGACCUAAGGGUCUUAUGGGACUGAAAGUAAUAGGAAGCAAAGGAAGAAAGGGUGACACGGGGUUAACUGGCCCCCCUGGACCACCAGGAACUGUCAUUGUGACGCUGAGUGGACCAGACAACAUGACGGAUUUGAAAGGAGAGAAAGGAGAAAAAGGAUCAAGAGGACUUCCAGGGCCCAUGGGGUUUACAGGCCCGGUUGGUGAUUCUCAAAGUGAAAAGGGUGACCGAGGAGAACCUGGAGCAGAGGGUAAACCUGGAAAAGAAGGUGCCCCAGGUCCACCUGGCUUACCGGGACAAAAGGGUGAACAGGGCAGACCAGGACUGGCUGGAAGGCAAGGAGCUAAGGGGAUGAAGGGAAACCCUGGUCCACCUGGAGCUUGUGGUCGAACGGAAUAUUAUGAUUAUGUGGUUGGUGAAAAAGGAGAUGAAGGACCCCCUGGACCUCCUGGACCAAAAGGUCAACGUGGCAUUCCUGGGCCACAGGGUCCUCCUGGAGAUGCUGGAAGACCAGGUGUGUCAAGACCUGGUCUGAGAGGUCCUCCAGGAUUUCCUGGGCCAAAAGGAACAAAAGGAGAGAAAGGACAAACUGGCUUGUGUAUUGUAGGCCCUCCAGGACCACCUGGUAUUACUGGCAGACCUGGUUCUAUUGGAUUACCAGGUCCUCCAGGAGAACCAGGUGGAGUAACAUUCAGAAGAGGCCUGCCAGGAUUUCCUGGAGAACCAGGAUGUGUAGGACCUCCAGGACCUCCAGGAGAUACUGGCAUGAAAGGUGAUGAUGCUGGCAUGUGUAUUGAUUGCAGCUACAUUCCAGGAAUACCUGGUCUUCCUGGUUCUCCUGGGCCACGUGGUCAGGAUGGCAUGCCUGGUAGAGAAGGAACAACAGGUCCAAAAGGUUCUCCAGGUUCUCCAGGAGCACCAGGGUUUCCAGGGGCUCAAGGACCUCCAGGCUUUAGAGGAGAUCAAGGACAGAAAGGAUCAAAAGGUGAGCCAGGAUAUGUGCAUCCAGAAGGGCCAAAAGGUGAGCGAGGAGAUCCAGGAGCCAGGGGAGACAAAGGAAGGAGAGGUUCAAGUGGAUUUCUGGGAAGACCUGGCUCUAAAGGAUCCAAGGGCUCUAAAGGUGAAGAGGGACUGGCUGGUUCAAAAGGAGACAGAGGACUACCUGGAUUGCCUGGCAGACUUGGGCUUCCUGGAGAAAUGGGGCUUCCUGGACUGCCAGGAUAUGGACCACCAGGAAUAAGAGGUUUUAAAGGCUCUAAAGGAAUACCAGGUCCACCUGGAUUACCUGGAGAAGCUGGUCUGAAAGGAGAGACCAGUAGGGCAACUCCACUACCUGCAUUGCCAGGACCUCAAGGACCAGAUGGUUUACCUGGACCCCCAGGAGUACCUGGUAGGGUUGGAGCAAGAGGUCAGCCAGGUGAUUCAGGACAUUCAGGGCCAACAGGUGACACAGGCUAUCCAGGGCUUGGGUUUCCUGGAAACCCAGGUCCAAAAGGAGAUAAAGGACUUGCAGGAGGCAGAGGGGCACCAGGUUUUGAAGGAAAGGCUGGAGAUCCAGGCCGAGCUGGAAACCUAGGACAACCAGGAGAAAAGGGUGAGCCAGGCAUGGUUAUUCCUGGAGAGCCAGGUAGACUGGGUUCACCAGGAGGUCAUGGCAUUCCUGGCUCAAAAGGUGAAAGUGGACUUCCAGGACUUCCAGGUCCACCGGGGCAUCCUGGACAUGAUGGUGCUGAUGGCCUAAGAGGAGAUCGUGGCUCACCGGGAGUUCCUGGAGAUCCAGGUUUUCCAGGGAAACCUGCUGAAUGUCUUAUUGGCCUGCCAGGUUUGCCAGGUGGCCAGGGAGCCACAGGCCCACCAGGAGGAAGAGGUUCACAAGGUUCAAAAGGAAGACUAGGUCCUCCUGGCUUGAGUAUCCCAGGAAUCCAUGGGAAACCUGGGGAACCUGGAAUAAUAGGUCUUCAGGGAAAUGCAGGAUUACCUGGUCCCAAGGGGCAGCCUGGAAGGCCAGGAAUCUCUGGUGUGCCAGGCUCAAGGGGAGAGCCAGGUAUAAUGGGCCUGUUAGGAAUUCCUGGACCCCCUGGUGUGAUGGGAAGACCAGGCAACCCGGGUAUCAGAGGCUAUCCUGGCUUCCCAGGAAUAAAGGGAAGAAAAGGGUUUCUUGGAGAAAAAGGUGAACCAGGUGAUAAAGGUUUUCCUGGACCAUCUGAGACCUUGGUUGCUAUUGGGGAUAAAGGAGAACGAGGCUUAAAAGGAGUUCAAGGAAGAAUGGGUCUAAGGGGAGAAAAAGGAGAUGUCGGUGUGCAAGGUCUCCCAGGUCUUGAUGGGUCUGAAGGAAUACCUGGUCUCCCAGGUGUCAAAGGAUUUAUGGGUCUUCCAGGGAUUCCUGGAGAACAUGGAUUUCCAGGUGCACCAGGAGACAAAGGGUACAUGGGAAUUCCAGGUCCAAAAGGGCAGAAAGGAUCUCCAGGCUUCCCAGGACCAUCAGGUGACCCUGGGCUACCAGGCUAUGGUGGCUUUCCAGGUGACAAAGGAGAUCCUGGGUACCCAUCUGUUGGGCCUCCAGGAGAAGCUGGUCCAAAGGGAGAUCCAGGUCCUCCGGGAGUUCUUGGCAGCAAAGGAGAAAAAGGAUCCCAGGGUCAUCCAGGACUUGAAGGAGCAUCAGGAGCGCAUGGGAUCAGAGGGGAAACUGGAGGUGCAGGAAUGCCAGGAAAGUGUGGACCCCCUGGAGAUACCGGUGCUAAAGGACGGCAGGGCCACCCAGGACAGCGGGGUGUUCCAGGCCCUCCUGGUGCUGUUGGAAUCCCUGGAAAAAAUGGACUUGUUGGUGAAAGAGGUAGCCAAGGUCAGGAUGGUAUGCCUGGUCCCCCAGGAGCAAAAGGAGAACCAGGAGCACCAGGGAGAGGCAUCCCUGGCCUUCGAGGUAUUCCUGGUCGUAGAGGGAUCAAGGGGGACAUGGGGCUGCCUGGUUUCCCUGGGCCUCCAGGUAUGAAAGGCCAUCCAGGUGAUCAAGGACCCAUUGGACCUCCUGGCUUAGUGGGGUUACCUGGAUUUCAAGGCCCAACAGGCAUGGCAAUCACUGGCCAAAAAGGCAAUAGAGGAAUUGCUGGUGCACAUGGAAGACCAGGUCCUCCUGGUUUUCCAGGGCUUCCUGGUCUUUCCACUCUCAGCAUGAAAGGAAGCAAAGGUGUCAGAGGAGCGGCUGGAAUACCAGGGCCAACAGGCCCAGCUGGUGACAUUGGCCCUCCUGGUCCAAAAGGAAUAGAAGGUCGAUCAGGCUAUCCUGGUGCCAUAGGGAACCCUGGAUUUCUUGGAUUCCCAGGUGUAAAAGGAGAAAAGGGGAAUCGAGGGCCCCCUGGACCACAAGGUGCAGAAGGGCCAAGGGGACCAAAGGGCCAGCAUGGCCUUCCUGGAGUCACUGGGAGAGUAUUUUCCAUCCCAGGAAGCAAGGGUCCUCCUGGACUGCCAGGAAUGCCAGGAACACCAGGUGAUCAAGGAAUUCAAGGGAUUCCUGGACUACCAGGACCUAAAGGAGUAAAAGGUCUACCAGGAAGUUUCGGUCAUCCAGGUCACCCAGGACUGCCAGGUCCAAAAGGAGACAGGGGAUUUCCAGGAGAAAGAGGACAGCCUGGACUGAUUGGCUUUCCAGGUCUGCAGGGGUUACCUGGCUCACCAGGUACUAUCAUUGCUGGUCCAACAAGAAGAGGUUUUAUCUUUACCCGGCACAGUCAGACAACAAAGAUUCCUUCGUGCCCACGUGGGACAUCCCAGAUCUAUGUUGGCUAUUCCCUGCUUUUUGUCCAAGGAAAUGAACGAGCACAUGGCCAAGACCUCGGAACAGCUGGCAGCUGCCUGCAGAGAUUUACCACCAUGCCAUUCCUAUUCUGCAGCCCCAAUGAUGUUUGCAGCUUUGCCUCUCGCAAUGACUAUUCCUACUGGCUGUCCACUGCAGUGGUAAUGCCCCCAGACAUGGCACCUAUUUCUGGCAGGGCACUGGAGCCCCAUAUAAGCAGGUGUGUUGUGUGUGAAGGAGCUGCAAUGGUAAUAGCAGUUCACAGCCAAACAACUGUAGUUCCUGCAUGUCCAGAAGGCUGGAUAUCUCUCUGGAAGGGUUUUUCUUUUGUAAUGUACACGAGUGCCGGCUCAGAAGCUUCUGGCCAAGCGUUGGCAUCUCCUGGAUCUUGUCUGGAGGAAUUCCGGGCCGUCCCAUUCAUAGAGUGUCACGGCAGGGGAACGUGCAACUACUACACAAAUUCCUACAGCUUCUGGUUGGCAACGUUAAAUCCAAGAAGAAUGUUCAGGAGACCAGUGCCACAGACUUUGAAAGCAGGAGAACUAGAAAAUAUCAUCAGUCGUUGUCAGGUCUGCAUGAAGAGACCAAUCUAAACAGUGGCCACUCUUGAUAGAACAUGAAACUCUGCUUUUAUUACAAAAAAUUGCCUAACUCUGAAGAGCUAUAAUUUAUUAAAGUCCAGCUGCGUCUGGAGAGAAAAUUAUAAAUUGCCAGUGCAGCACUGUGGUGAGGCAGGGCAACAGUUUGACUUUUGUGUUUGGCAAAUGACAAAGCACUUUGUUGGAGGAAGCCUGUCGAGGCAAUCUGCAGGGGCUUCUGCUGAACCAUGGCAUUUCUGAGCUGCAUCUCCAUGAUAAAACCACAGCAUCACCAGAUCUUUAAUGAAAGAUGUUAAUGCUGCCUUGUGUCAUGUGCUUUUCAAACAGCAAAACAAGCUAAAGCUCCUGUAUCAGCUUACAUAUGUUCAGUGUUCCAAGUGGAUAUUUAAAUAAGAUGACAAUCUGGCACUUAUGAGCAAUAGGGUUCAAUAGGAAAUAUUUUCAGUGCACUUUUAACUAUAUGAUGAUUCCUUGAGAGUUGUUUUGGUUUGGUUUUCUUGUCUAAUAAACAAGUAUCUCCCCACUUCCUUCACCCUUCCUCUGGCUGGCAAACAGGAAUCCGAUCUUUGUAGUAUCACUGUGCUGGUUCCUGACUGGUCAGAAGGGAGCAGCACACCAUGCACUGGGCAGGCAGGACAGUGGGGACAGGCGCUGGCUGUGUCCUCCAGAGUGACGGUGGCUAAGGGCUGACUAAUUGAAAGUGAUGGAAAGUUUUCAUUAGAUUCCAUGGUUAGAUCAUGAGAUCUUUUAAGUUCCUCAAAAGCUGACAGUAUUAUGAUCACAUGCUUUCAUCUCUCCCGAAGAAAAACUAUUUACCAUAUCAUAGUUUUGGGUUCUGUUGGAAUUAACAAUUACUGUAUGGCUCAAGGGCUCCCGUGGCAUUAUGAGUUUAUCACCCAUCAGGAUGUGAUUUCUUUCUAUUUUAUUUUUAAUAGAUAACAAAAUCUAUAAUAUUUCCAUUUUAUAAUAGUCCAUAUUUAAAUAUUUAUCACAAAUUAUAUUCUGUAUUUAAAUAUUUAUCACACAUUUCUGAAAUGAAACCAUUUAUUCCAUCCAGACAAAUGUAUGCAUCCAAAAUUUUAAAAAAGACUGAUAUUUAAAUUGUACCAUCUAAGCACUGACUUAUACAAGAGAAUCCAACUGUAAAUGAACAUAAAUACUUGAAAAGCACUUUCAUUUACUCAUAUAACUUAUAUAAAAUUGUAGCUCUGAAGUUUGUUUUUUUUUAAUAUUUAUAACAUUGCACUUGCAAGGCUAUUUAAAAUUGUAAUGUUGACAUUUAAAAUGUUAAUAUUUUUUAAUACUUGCACAGUCUAUCAGAAUUCCAGUAUUUAGUGUUACAGAAGAAGCUUAACUCAUCUGAAUAGUUCUGUAAAUGCACCACUUAAAUGUAGGGUCUAGCAAUUCAGUGAAAUAACCAAGAUUUCUCAUUUAGGUGUUUUUUAAGCCAGUGAAAUUUUAUAUUGUUUCUGUUAAAAUACUUGCAUUGUGUUUGUCUGACUGUUUGAAUUUUCAGUGUUAACCUAACUAAGAAAAGGUUUUGUCUGUGUUCCAUGCCAGUACCUUACGAUGGAGCAAACGUGAGGAUAACAUUUACAUGGACUGAAUGGAUAUUUUAAAAUUAUUGUUUGCUUGGACAGUCGUAGUACUUCUGUUUGCAAGGUAUAAUUGUGAAUUUGCAGGGUUUUAUGAAGAAUCUCUAUGCAGAUGCACUACUGAUAAGAAGGUAUUAAUGUCAAGUUAAUAUUUAGUCCUUUAUUUGAACCAGGCUUGAGGUUGAGGUUGUUUUCCUUAAAACAAUCACAUACUAGAUUUUUCCAUAAAUGCUGAAGAUUGCUUUAAAUACUCAAAGCUAAAGACCACACCUGUUGCUCAUUAGGUUGUUGGGGUUUUAGUGGUUUCAGUGGUUUCUUUUUUUCAUUAAGGCUCAUUACAGUCACCCAAAGGCCCUUGUAUAUGAUACACAAUCAAUGACCUGGAAACCCUCAUGUAAAACUUGCUAGUAAAAUGCAAAUGUGAGCACCUGAGGUUGAAGUCUGCUGGAAAUGGCCAGCAGAGGAUAAUGUGUAAGGAGGAGGGAACAGAUUGUGGUUUUGAAGUCCAAAAGGUAAGUUACAAAGGGUUAUGUUUCAUAGUAUUGCACAAAACUGGAAGCGAUGCCUUGCUCCCAGUUUUGGAUUCAGCUGCUCACUUUUUGUGUGGCCUUCAACAAGUUACUAAAGAAAGAUGUUCAUAAAUAGCUUUAGAUUUUGAUUGCUCAAGGUCAGUCUUUCUUUCCAAAGCAUGAAAUACAACUGCAGGGACAUGUGUUCGUCAAGCCUGGUGUACUACAAGCUGGACACUGGAAAUCGAAUUAAAACUUGAAAAAAGUUGGUGUUAAACCUCUCUCUGCAGAUGCAGAUCAUGUUACUUCCCUACUGCUAACGAUUGUUGUGAGGAUUAGUUAACUCAUGUCUGUAAAUGCUUUGGGAGCCUUAACUGGAAAGGGCUGAUGAGGUGCAAGGUGUUAAUAUAUUGUACUGAAAGAAUGGAUGCAUGAGAAAUGGGAAAUAAUGAGCAAACCAUGGGGGCUGUACUCUGCUAAAUACAGCCAAAUAAAAAUAUUUUGACUAA